AUCGCAUUAAAGCUCGGCUCUCAUGAUGGCGGCAGCUAUGGAUGUGGACACACCGAGCGGAACGAACAGCGGAGCCAGCAAGAAGCGAUUCGAAGUGAAGAAGUGGAAUGCUGUGGCGCUGUGGGCCUGGGAUAUCGUGGUGGACAACUGCGCCAUCUGUCGGAACCACAUCAUGGAUCUCUGUAUCGAGUGCCAGGCCAACCAGGCCUCUGCCACCUCUGAGGAGUGCACUGUAGCCUGGGGUGUCUGCAAUCACGCCUUCCAUUUCCACUGUAUUUCUCGCUGGCUGAAAACCAGACAGGUUUGCCCUCUGGACAACAGGGAGUGGGAGUUUCAGAAAUAUGGACACUAGCAGUAUUAUUGCUAAAAGCUUCAUUGCUUCAGUUAGCAUCUUUCAUCGUUCAGCCUGCAUCCUUAUUUCUUUCCUCUCUGAUCCCGCCCACUUUUAACGCUCACAAUGUUGUAAGUUCAUAAUAAACGUAAAUGUUCUCACGAUA